GACGACCCCCGGUGCUGAGCCGCGGUGGGGAGGCCUCGGGAAGCAGGCCGAGCCGGAUGCCUGGGCUCGCGGCACUGGGCGCAGCGGUGACCGCGCUGGUGGCCGCGUUGCUCCUGUGGCCGAGUGAGGACGCGGGACCGGGGGCAGUCCCCGGGAAUCCCUCCGGCAUGGCCGAGGCAGAGGAGCUGCCGAAGCUUCGGGAAGACUUCAGAAUGCAGAAUAAAUCUGUCUUUAUUCUGGGAGCCAGCGGGGAAACCGGCAAAGUGCUCUUAAAAGAAAUCCUGGACCAGAAAUUGUUUUCUCGAGUCACCCUCAUUGGCCGGAGGAAGCUCACCUUCGAUGAGGAAGCGUAUAAAAAUGUGAAUCAAGAAGUGGUGGACUUUGAGAAGCUGGAUGACUAUGCUUCUGCCUUCCAAGGUCACGAUGUUGGAUUCUGCUGCCUGGGUACCACCAGAAAAAAAGCCGGAGCGGAGGGAUUUGUUCGCGUGGACCGGGAUUAUGUGCUGAACUCUGCAGAACUGGCAAAAACCGGAGGGUGCAAACAUUUCAACUUGCUCUCCUCUAAAGGAGCUGAUAAGUCGAGCAAUUUUUUAUAUCUGCAAGUUAAGGGAGAAGUGGAAGCCAGGGUUGAAGAAUUAAAAUUUGAUCGUUACUCAAUAUUUAGGCCUGGAGUCCUAUUAUGUGACAGGCAAGAGUCUCGUCCGGCUGAAUGGGUGGUUAGGAAGUUCUUCGGUUCUUUACCAGACUCCUGGGCCCGUGGGCACUCUGUACCUGUGGUGAUGGUGGCUAGAGCGAUGCUAAACAACAUGGUGAGGCCAAGUGACAAGAAGGUGGAACUUCUGGAAAACAAGGGCAUCCAUGACCUGGGCAAGGCCAGUGGCUCACUCUAGCCCAGAGCACCGUGGAGAAGCACACUUUACUGUUCUUCUCUAUACUCAGUGCUAAAUCGGUCAUUUCAGGGUCUGAAAAAAGCAUGCCUUAACUUGGCCAUUUAUUCUGAUACUCUGAUCCAAGCAAAAUAUUAUUGUGCUUUGCCUCCAUGGUUCAGAGUCUGGCUGUACAGACAGUUCACCAGGGAGCUAUAGAAAAUAGAGGUUCCUAGGCCCUAGAUCAGAAGGUCUGGGAUGUGAACACCAGAAUACAUCCUUUGCUUUUGUUAAAACUGCUGCUGGUGUUCUGCUGCUGGUGGUGGAGAAACCAUUUGUCUGCAGAGUCCCCGCAUCCCUCUAACCUUACCUACCACACAAAUGAGCUAUGUUCUAAAACUGGUGACAUGCUGCUCUUUGGGUUCCCUCAGUGCUAAUGAACAACAUGUUCACUGUGGAAGUGGACACUGUGCCUUUACAAGGACUUCAGAAUAUAUCAUGAAUGGGAUGACUAAGCUUAUAUAAUUCAGGGGAAAAUGAAAUAGAGGAACAAAUGGACAAAUCUUAGGUGCUUUAUAGAGUGUUUGAAAAUGUCCAAGUACUCGUGGUGAUAAAAUUGCCUUUAGUAUUAAGUGCUUGCUAAGUUUCAGCUUUUGCAUAGGUUAUCUGUCAGUUCACAUGAAAUGAUUCUGUCGCUGACCUUCUGUCUGAGGUAGAGAAACAGGCUCCGAGUGGGCAGUUCCUGGCAUAAGGGCCAAAGCUGACACCUGGGAGCUGGGGAAUGUGAGAGUCGGGGUUCUAAUCCAGGCCAGCUUGAUUGCAUAGCGUCUGUUUUUAUGUACUUUGCAAGAACAUCCUCAGUGAUUCCAGUUAACUGUUAAUGCAUUUAUGUAUGAAUAAAUUGGAAUAUUUGGGCUUC